AUGAGUACUUGGGAAGCAUCUUCUGGGCAGAUCCAUUAUGUAAUUCCUGAGGAAAUGGAGAAAGGUUCUUUUGUGGGAGAUAUUGCAAAGGAUCUUGCACUGGAUAUAAAGGAGCUGUCAAGUAGCAACGUCCAGAUAAUUUCCAGAGGUAUGAAAGAAUAUUUUGACCUUGAUUUACGAAAUGGCCAUUUGUUUGUUAAUGAAGUAAUUGAUAGGGAACAGAUUUGCCACCAAAUGGAGAAAUGUCUGUUAAAUUUUGAGAUUCUUGUAAAGGACAAGAUGAAGUUUUUCACCACUGAAGUUGAAAUAACCGAUAUUAAUGACAAUCCGCCCAGUUUCCCUGUAGAGGAGCUUGAGUUUAAAAUUGCUGAAAACACAGGACUCGGUGCAAGGUUUCUUCUACCAGAAGCUCAAGACCCAGAUCUAGGGGCUAAUUCUCUCCAAAGCUACCAUCUCAGUAAGAACAACCACUUCUCUUUGGAUGUACAGUUGGGAGCUGAUGGAAUCAAAUAUGCAGAGCUGGUCCUUGAAACGUUGCUGGAUCGAGAAGAACAGAAAACGCAUCAGCUGAUUCUCACUGCGGCUGACAAAGGAGAUCCCAUCAGGUCAGGUACUGUGCAAAUCCAUGUUGCUGUUACAGAUGUAAAUGAUAAUGCUCCCGUUUUUAGCAAGUCUCUGUAUGAAGCGAGUGUUGUGGAAAAUAUCCCUAAAGGGUCUCGAGUUCUAACUCUGAAUGCUACUGAUGUUGAUGAAGGAAUAAAUUCAAAGAUAAAGUAUUUAUUUAGAAAAAUUUCGGAAAAAACUUCAAAAAUAUUCCACUUGGAUUCUUCUACUGGAGAAAUAUCAAUCAUUGGGAAUCUGGACUUUGAAGACUCUAAAUUACAUGAAAUGGAAGUACAAGCCCAAGAUGGGGCUGGAUUGUCUACUCGUGCCAAAGUGAUAAUAAGAAUCUUGGAUGCAAAUGAUAAUGCACCAGAGAUCACAAUUACGCCGCUUUUCAGCAAGGUUCUAGAAAGUUCUCCACCAGGAAGUGUCGUAGCUCUGAUAAAUAUAAAUGACAGAGAUGAUGGGAGAAACGGAGAGGUCACGUGCUCCAUACCAACAACCCUUCCAUUUCUGUUGAGAAAAUCCUUUGAUAAUUAUUACAGUCUAGAAACAGAUCGAGGCCUGGACAGGGAGAAAGUUUCAGAAUACAACAUCACAAUCACAGUAAUGGACCAAGGGAGACCUUCUCUAUCAGCAACAGCUUACUUCUCAUUAGAAAUUCUGGAUGAAAAUGACAACCCACCCAUCUUUAAAACUACAGACUUCACUUUUCAGAUUGCAGAAAAUAACCAAAGAGGUGAUUUAAUCUUGACUUUAAAGGCAAAUGACCCUGAUUUUGAGGAAAAUGGCAGAAUAAUGUAUUCCAUCAUGGACACAGACAUUGGAGAUGUCUUGCUUUCAUCUUAUCUUUCUAUUAACUCUGAGACAGGGGCUGUCUAUGCCUUGAGCUCUUUUGAUUAUGAAGAGUUCAGAGUGAUUAAAUUCCAGGUCAAAGCCCAAGAUGGAGGUUCCCCAGCACUCAGUUCCAAUGUCACAGUGACUCUCUUAAUUUUAGAUCAGAAUGACAAUGCCCCCCAGAUAUUGUACCCUUCUACUCCUACUGAUGGCUCCACUGGAGUAGAGUUGGCUCCCCAUUCGUCUGAACCUGGAUAUCUGGUCACUAAAGCGGUGGCGGUGGAUGCAGAUUCUGGCCAGAAUGCCUGGCUCUCCUAUCAGUUACUGAAGGCCACAGAACCAGGACUCUUCACCAUAGGACUCCACACUGGAGAGAUCAGGACAGCCCGUUCCUUUCUGGACAAGGAUGCUCUCAAGCAAAGCCUGGUGGUUUUAGUGAAAGACAAUGGGCAUCCACCACUGUCUGCCUCAGUCACGGUCACUGUGGUCCUGGCCGACAGCAUCCCUGAUAUAUUGACUGACCUAAGCAGUGUGUCAGCUAUAGCAGACCCUGAGUCGGAUCUCACUUUCUACCUGGUAGUUGCUGUGGCUUUUGUUUCCUGCUUGUUUGUCGCCUUCCUCCUUUUGUUGCUAGCCAUCAGGUUGCACAGGUGGAGAACAUCUCAGUUAUGUGACUCUCAAAGUGUGAAUUUCAGCGGAGUUCCUGUUUCACAGUUUGUGGGGAUUGAUGGAGUAAGAGCUUUUCUUCAUUCUUAUUGCCCUAAUGGUUCACUGACCACCUGCUCCCGAAAGAGCCAAAUUCUUUUCCCGAUUGGAAGUUGUACAAGUACUCUUGCACCCCAGCAAACGUCCGACAAAUCAGGUCCUUUAUUAUCACUGGAAGAUUCAUGUGCUGCUAAAGAACAGCAGAACUCUGAACAGGUGAGUUUCAUUCUCUACAGUUUAGUCUGA